AUGAAGAUUAUUAUAGAAAUAUUGCUUUCACUUGCUGUUGUGCCUAAAGUAGUCGAAGCCCAGGAAACCAACAAUAUUAUUGGGUACAAUGUUAUCAAUCUAUUAAAUGCAAGUGAAUCGAUGGGAGUCGUUGUCGAUGAUGUUACAUAUCCAAUGUCACUAAAUAGCACAAAUGGAACAGACAUUCUUUACUCGGGUGAUGCACCCGUAGCCAAAUCAAAUUACAAGUAUGUCCGAUUUUUCAGCAACCAAAGUAGUGUAACAGAGCCAUUUGAUCGACAGCCUUCAACAGAAGACACACCCAACGAAUUUUUUAAUCGUACAUGGAACACAUACGACGUAUCUCGAUUACCAAUUAUUUACCCUCCACUCCCCGCCAUUCAUCGUAUCACUACAGAACUUCAUAAGCCUGGUCAAAUCCCGACAAUUCAUAUCGUAGGAAAUCAGACAAUGAUGGAUGAAAUGCACCAAAAUAGUACAGAAGAUUUUACCGUAGUGACAAACGCCUCCUAUGUUGGUUUGCAUGACGUUUUUUCGUUCCAAAAAGCUGAAUUAUCUCUGGCGGGUCGUAGUUCUCGGUGGUUACCCAAACUGUCUUACAAUCUAAAGUUUUCUGGUAAGGACAUGUUGUAUAGUAAUAGCCGGAUAAAGCUUCGAUCCAUGGAUACGGAUCCUUCCUAUAUUCGUGAACAAUUAGCGUAUGACAUGGUCAACUGUACAGGUCUGGCCUCUUCUGGGUUUUCAUUUAUCCGUGUGUUUAUGAAUGAUCAUGAACUCGGUUUAUUUGGAAUCAUUGAAACCUUUCAUGAUAAUUGGGUUGCAGAUACCUUUGGUGGUGGAGAUCCUAAAUACAAGAACGGGUAUCUGUAUCAAGGUGUUUUUCAAACACCAGCUUCGGCUGCUGUAAACUUAACUGCGGAUCUAAGAUAUGUCGAUAAUAUCACAACAUAUGGUUUAGGUCAAUACCAAAUUAAAGAAUCAGCGGCUAAAGGAAAAAGUGUGAACUGGAAACCCUUGCAGGAACUUACGAAAUUCAUAGCAAAUGCACCUACAAACACUCCUGAUGCUGUAAACGAAUGGAAUAAGCACUUGGACACAGCAUCCGUUCUCCGUGGUAUGGCACUUGAAGUUCUUUUAGGUUAUGCGGAUGGAUAUCUUGCACUGGUUGAUAAUUACUAUGUGUAUCAAGACCUAGACACGAAAAAUUACUUUUGGAUACCAUCAGAUAUGGACCUUACCUUUGGUUCCACGAUGUUUAAAUUAGAAGAUAUGUGGAGUGGGAAUUACAGCACUUUUCCAGGCAUGAACAUUCGACCUCUGACAAAACAAAUACUCAAAGUACCUGAAUUUCAACAAACCUAUAACCAUUUACUUCUUGAUAUUAGUAAUACACUUGUGAACCCUGAUCAGACGUACAGAUACAUUAGUGAUUUAGUCAAUAUGAUUUCUGAAGACGUUGCGUGGGAUCAAGGGUUGGUACGUGCUGGAGAAAGUAUCAUGGCCGAGCAAACGCCUGGUACAAGCGAAGGUGACACGACAUCUGUCAUUGAGGCGGUUUUAGGAAAUGCCAUUCCAGGCGAUAUGGAUAAAGCGACUGCAGAAAAUUUCGCGUCCCGUAUCAAUGCGACUAUUCCGUUUAUGACAGCUGUCAAUGGGCCCACUGGUUAUAUUUCAUUGGCUGGUGUUGUACAGUGGAUCGACGCUAUCCACCAAAAUAUUACAAAGUUUUAUUCAAAUUGA